UGGAUCAAACAAUAAAUCACGUAAAUGCUGUGAAUCAUCAUCAUCGUCAUGUAGCUCCACAUCAGGAGGUUGGACACCGUGUCAUGUGAGUUGACAGUAAAAGCAGCGAUGGAGAAAAGCUAAGGAAGGUAUCUGCCCUGGCAGUGGCUUCCUUUCUACCCAGAGUGCUUGUGGAAUGGCAGCAGUUUGGCAGCAGGUUUUGGCAGUGGACGCAAGGUACAAUGCUUACCGCACGCCUACGUUCCCACAGUUCCGAACUCAGUACAUCCGCCGACGCAGCCAGCUGCUCAGAGAGAACGCCAAGUGUGGCUUUGAGCCGGGGCUGCGCAGGCAGUACCUGAAGCUGCGCAGUCAGCUGCUGGCCCUGCGCUACGGGCCCCUGUCUGAGCAGAGCAGCUUCAGGGCCAGCAGUGUGCGCAGCUCCCGCACCACACUGGACCGCAUGGAGGACUUCGAGGAGGACCCCCGCACCCAAGGGGCUCGUGGUCACCGCCGCUCUGUCAGCAGAGGCUCCUACCAGCUCCAGGCCCAGAUGAACAGAGCCGUUUAUGAUGAGAGGCCUCCAGGCAGUUUGGUGCCCACCUCAGUGGCAGAGGCCAGUCGUGCCAUGGCAGGGGACACAACUUUGAGUGAAAAUUAUGCUUUUGCUGGCAUGCACCACAUAUUUGACCAACAUGUAGACUCUGCUGUCCCACGGUUGCAGUUUGCCAAUGAUGACAAGCACCUACUUGCUUGCUGCUCCCUGGAUGGCACCCUGUCCAUCAUGACGUUGUCCCCCUCUCCUCCCAGUGUUAAGGUGACACUGAAAGGUCACGGAGGUCCUGUCACAGACUUUGCUUGGUCUCUGAGCAAUGACAUCAUUGUGUCGACAUCACUAGAUGGGACUCUGCGUAUCUGGAACACGGGAGAUGGCCGGUGCAUCCGAGAAGUCAGAGACCCAGAAUCCAGCGAGUUGCUCUGCUGCACCUUCCAGCCGAUGAAUAACAACCUCACUGUGGUGGGAAACAGCAAGCACCACCUGCAGGUGGUGAACAUCUCCACUGGGAAGAAGGUGAAGGGGGGCUCCAGUAAGCUGACAGGCCGCGUGCUGUCUCUUUCCUUUGAUGCUCCAGGGAGGAUCCUUUGGGCUGGUGAUGACAGGGGGAGCAUCUUUUCCUUCCUCUUUGACAUGGCCACAGGGAAGCUGACCAAAGCCAAGCGUCUGGUGGUGAGUGAAGGCAGCUCCAUCUGCAGCAUCUCUGCCCGGUCCUGGAUUAGCCGAGAGGCCAGAGACCCCUCCCUGCUGAUCAACGCCUGUGUCAAUAAGCUGCUGCUGUACAGGGUGGUGGACAAUGAUGGUACUCUACAGCUAAAGAGGAGCUUCCCUAUCCAGCAUGGUUCCCAGCACGUUCAUAGCAUCUUCUGCCCCCUCAUGUCUUUCAGACAGGGGGCCUGUGUGGUGACUGGCAGCGAGGAUGCCUGUGUCUACUUCUUCGACGUUGAACGCAAUACCAAGGCAAUAGUGAACAAGUUACAAGGUCACGGGGGACCAGUGCUGGAUGUCAGCUUCAACUGUGACGAGAGUUUACUGGCAUCCGCCGAUUCCACCGGCAUGGUCAUCAUCUGGAGGCGGGAGCAAAAGUGACUGAUCCACAAACGCUUCCAUCCACUCCGGCCGUGCCGCUCCUUAACCGUCCAAUAACAAGUCUGUAGAUUUUCACUGGAAUGUAACAGGCCUCGUUAAACAUUUAAUGUAAUGAUAACUCAAGUGCAAGUGCAAUCAGAUAGUGUGUGUGUCUGUGUGUGUGUCUGUGUGUGUGUGUCUGUGUGUGUCUGUGUGUGUGUGUGUGUCUGUGCGCCUGCGCGCGUGUGCGCUCUCCGACAGUUGCAUCUGAGAAAUUGCUUUUUAACAAAGAAAAAAAGAACACUACACCCAUGCAUGUGUCAUGGCUUACCUCUGAAUUGAAAUGUAAUCUUGCAGAGAAAACAGGUCCAACUCUUUGUAUCACACUGAUAGUCCCUGUGGCAUAGAUCUAGUUCACUAUUUAUGUAACUGUUAACUCAAGCAGUGUAAGUGUAGUAAUAUCGUCUUAGCUUUCAAUUCUGCAAUUGCCUGUUUGCAUUUAAGACCAUGUGCAUGACAUUGAACUCUGUGUGUGUGUGUGUGUGUGUGUGUGUGUGUGUGUGUGUGUGUGUGUGUGUGUGUGUGUGUGUGUUUCAUAUUCAUAUAAUUUAUUUAAUGCACAUACAAAAUAAACUACUGUAACUGUCA